ACGGGAAGUCACUGACACCAAUCCGGAGCUGAUCACACUGCACAGGGGAAGCAGACGCACUGAGAAGACGCAGAGCAAGAUCCAAGAUGCCGCUGCCUCCUCCAUGUUGUGGUCUCAUCGUUGUUGGUUCCAAACUUCCUGUUCCUCUCAAGGGGAUCUCUGUUGACGCCCAGGUGAAAGGCUUUGUGGCUGAUGUGUCUGCUACGCUCAAGUACAAGAAUGAGGAGGAGAAGGCUGUGGAGGCCAUCUUUGUAUUCCCCAUGGAUGAAGACUCAGCAGUCUACAGCUUUGAGGCCAAAGUGGAGGGAAAGACCAUUGUAGCCGAUCUCCAGGAGAAGAAACAGGCUCAUAAGACCUACGAUGAGGCCAUCAGCCAAGGCCAGCAGGCUUUUCUUCUGGAAGAAGACGAGAGCUCUGCUGAUGUUUUCAGCUGCAAUGUUGGGAACCUGCCACCUGGUCAGGAGGCUGAAGUGACAUUAAAAUAUGUGCGGGAGCUUCCAGUCGAGGCUGACGGCGCCGUCCGAUUUGUGCUUCCUGCUGUCCUCAACCCCAGAUAUACCCCAAAAGACCAACCUGUGAGUGUGACUGCCACACGCCCACAUGUGCCUAUAGGAGAGAUCCCGUACACCCUGAGUCUGAGCGCACACUUCCAGUCUGCAUUCGGCAUUGUCAAGAUAGUAUCCAACUGUGAUAUCAGCCCUGUGGAGUACACUAAUGAGGACAAGACCGCAGCCAAGGUAUCACUGGCUGAAGGACACAAGUUUGAGAGAGACGUGGAGCUCCUUGCUUAUUACUCAGAGGUGAACAAACCGAGUGUGACUGUGGAGGCUGGGACAGUACCUGCUGAUGCUGCUAAGGAGCCAAAGUCAUCAGUUUCCCACAAGUUAUGGACUCUAGUUCAGCAAAAAUUCAGCUCAAAACCUCAUAUUAGACUUGGAUCUUUGAUGACCGAGUCUGUCGCCAUGUUGAACUUCUAUCCCAAUUUCCCAGCCGUGCAGGAACAGACAAACUGUGGAGAAUUUCUAUUUGUGGUGGACCGGUCCGGGAGUAUGGAGUGUGCAAUGAAUUCAGAGCCAAAUGCUCUACAACGUAUUGACAGCGCGAAGGAGACCCUCGUCCUUCUAUUGAAGAGUUUGCCUCUUGGGUGUUACUUUAAUAUCUUUGGAUUUGGUUCCCACUUUGAGUCUUUCUUCACGGAGAGUAAGGAGUAUACACAACAAUCCAUGGAAGAAGCUGUUAAGAAGGUCAAUGAGAUGAAAGCCAACUUUGGAGGAACAGAAAUCUUGAGCCCUUUGAAGAAAAUCUAUGAUACCGCUGGUAGGCCAGACCACCCAAGACAGCUUUUUCUGUUCACGGAUGGAGAGGUCGGGAAUACAAAUGAAGUGGUUAAUGAAGUCCAGAAAAAUUCUCAUAAUCACAGAUGCUUCGCAUUUGGGAUCGGUGAGGGCGCCUCCACAUCCCUCAUCAAAGGUAUGGCCCGAGCAGGUAGUGGAACAUUUGAGUUCAUCACCGGCAAAGACAGAAUGCAAACCAAGGUUCUUCGGGCUCUAAAAUGUUCCUUACAGCCCACUGUGAAGAAUGUCUCCCUGAAUUGGUCUCUUCCCUCUGGCAUGGAAGCCAUUCUCCUGUCUAAGGUCCCCACCUCCAUCUUCCAGGGACAAAGAUCCAUUGUGUAUGCCCAACUGAAAGGAAAGGUGGAGACUGAAGCGGAGGGUGAGGUUUGCCUACAGUACAACUUUAAGGAUGAGCUUUUGAAGAACACCAUUCGUUUCCCUCUUAAAGUGGAGAAAGCUGAAAGACCCACCAUCCAUAGACUGGCAGCCAAGUCUCUGAUCUCUGAGCUGGAAUGUGGAAAGGACUCUAGAUCCGAGGAUGGGAAGAAGAGGAUCCUAGGGAUCAGUCUAGAGUCUGGAGUCAUCUCCUCGCUUACUGCCUUUGUUGCUGUUAAUAAAGACACCAAGACUCCAGUGGAAGGUCCUCCAGUACGAAGGGACAUCCCUGCUCCAGGCUUAAUGCGUGGUAUGAUGUAUAGCGCACCAAUGCCACUAAUGGGUAGUGGUCGACAAUUACUUAUGAGCUGUAGUAGUAUGCCUCAGCGAAGAAUGGGUGGAGGUCUGAAUUUAAAAUCUUCAGCAGCUCCCAAGAUGAAGAUGCCCAAUUAUAGAAGUGCCCCACCAACGGCAUGUUAUGAUUCUGGUCCCAUGUUAGAUUCUGGUCCCAUGUUAGCUGAAUGCAUGGAUAUGUCACCACCACCAGCUCAAGUCCAGAAGAUCCCCCCUUUCGUCAGUUUGAUUUCGCUGCAAAACGCUGAUGGUUCCUGGAAUCUUACCCCAGAAUUCUGCUCCAUUCUGGGAAUAUCAGAGCAGGACAUUAUUAACAAGAAACCAGAUCAGAAUAUGGACUCAUCAGUGUGGGCUACGGUCUUGGCGGUGAUCUGGCUCCAUGCAUCUUGUCUGGACCAGAGAGAGGAAUGGGAAUUACUGGAAGGUAAAGCCAUCUCCUGGCUUAAGGCUAAAGCAGGUUCCUCCUUGGAUCAGUUGGUCAGAGCUGGGAAUGAUCUGCUGAAAUCCUCAGUGAAUCCUAAUGUGUUUGGCCUGUGAGUGGAAGAAUGAAGAUGGCGGAGGUCUUCGGGUAUGACCACACGGUCAGGUCUCUGCAUGCAAUUUUGGAAGCCAAAAUCAGGAGCGGAUCAUAAAAGGAGAGAAAAUAUAAAGGAGAAAUAGAACUUCUCCAAUUUUUUUUUUAACUCACUUCUGGUUUGGGCUUCCGAAACUGCAAGCAGAAACCCGACUGUGUGGUUGUACCCUUCUAAGGAAUACUGCCGCCCUCCAGAAUUUUACUGCUUCUCACCUUUACUUUGGAAUCAAUUUUCAUGAUAAAAUGUCUGUGCCUUAUUACUCUUGAAAUGAGAUACAAGCCAAAGAUGCAAAUGAUAAGUCUAGAGAAUCAUCUUCUAGUUAUAUUCUCAUUACACAGACCUGUUACUGUUCACUUAUUUUUAGAAUGUACAGAGCAGCUCCACUGAAAUAUAUACAUACAUGGAGAGGGGCCUUAGGGGUGUACUGACACUUGGGAAGGUAGUAGUGCAGAAGAAAACCAAUCUACAACGCCACCCUAAAAACUGGAUUAUUUCUUACCACACUCAAUCAAUAGAUACCAAUCAAUAGUACAUGUGGAUAUAAGAAAUUUUGUAAUGCAUUUCAUCAGAGAAAUUAUGCCUCAUUUAACACUUUUCAGCAUUUUCUCUCCCUCUCCUCCUAAAUAAACAUUCUUUGCUAAAUCCACCUUGAGAGACUGAUAAGGACUGUCAGCUCACUGAAGGAUCAGAUUAUAGCUGCCAAUAGGAGUUUAUAGCGAGGGGAGGAGGCGUGAACUACUAGAGGGAAAAAUAGAUACAUCACAAGGUUUCUUAUAUUAACCUGUAAUAUUGAUGUAUACAACGUUUGUUAAAAUUUUAGUUGUCCAAGAUUGGAAAAAUAUGGCUGCUUCAUCCAAAAGCAGAACCACAUCUCUCCACAGGCUGUAUAUGGUAUUACCACUCAGCCCCAUUCACCUUAGUAGAACUGGGCUGCUGUGGGUAGUGUGUUUGGAAGAAAGCAGCCAUGUGUUUCUAAUCCUGGACAAUUAAAUUCCAUUUUUUUCCUCCAUCACCUUGUAUUUCAAUCAAGAUCUGUUGAUGGAAGGUUGUAUGUGUCCUUCACCCAGGCCAGGAGGUCUCUGUUCAUCUUUAUUGGUUGGUGGUACAAGUCAGAAUCUCUCAGAGCAGCCAAAAAUGUGGCCUUCUUUGGCAUUGCAGACACCCUGGAGGAAGGGGUUACAACAUGGUUGCUCUACAAUAUGAUGCAUAAAACAUGGGAAUAUUUUUGGAGAUGGGUGGAAUUACUCUUUACUAAAAUCUGUUUAUAACUGAUCUUUCAAAGAUGGGUCAACAACAGUCAAAAGAAAACAUCCCCAUUCAGAUCAGUGUAUUCUGUAGGGUAUUACUGCUGAGUAUUGUUGACCCUGUCUAUAUUCCCAUUAUCCAGUUAUACAUUUCUUGUAAUAGUUAAAAGUUUAUAAAAUGUUCUAAUCCAUUGUUACAGCUUUCAGCUCCAAUAUAUGUAUCAUCAUCAUUAAACCGCAGUUAUAGUUCA